AUGGAACUCCUCAACAGAGCGCACUGCUCCUGGAAACUGCAGGGAAACGACUUGAGGCGCAGCGUGGCUCAGAUUUGGCGGGAAGAGUCGCGCAAGGGACCGGAACAGGAGCCCCCGAAGCGUAACAGGGGAGACAUGCAGCCGGCGCACAAAUGGACCUCUGUGCUUCUGCUUGUGGCGCUUACAACGCAAGUGUGCUUCUCGUCCAAAGCAGAAGACCGUUUGUUCCGGAAGCUCUUCAGAAGAUACAACCAGUUCAUCAGACCAGUGGAGAAUGUGUCGGACCCGGUCACAGUGGAGUUUGAGGUGUCCAUAUCACAGCUGGUCAAAGUGGAUGAAGUAAACCAAAUCAUGGAGACAAAUCUGUGGCUCAGGCAUAUCUGGAACGACUAUAAACUAAAAUGGAUGCCGGUUGAGUUUGAUGGGAUUGAAUACAUCCGAGUUCCCUCAAACAAGAUCUGGAGACCUGACAUUGUGCUGUACAACAAUGCUGUAGGUGACUUCCUGGUUGAAGAUAAGACCAAAGCUCUACUCAAAUUUGACGGCACCAUCACGUGGGUCCCACCGGCCAUUUUCAAAUCCUCCUGCCCCAUGGACAUCACAUACUUCCCCUUCGACUAUCAGAACUGCUCCAUGAAAUUUGGCUCCUGGACGUACGACAAGGCCAAGAUCGACCUGGUGCUCAUUGGAUCCAAGGUGAACCUCAAAGACUUUUGGGAAAGCGGGGAGUGGGAGAUUAUUGACGCUCCCGGUUACAAACAUGACAUCAAGUACAACUGCUGCGAGGAGAUCUACCCCGACAUCACGUACUCCUUCUACAUCCGCCGCCUGCCGCUCUUCUACACCGUCAACCUGAUCAUCCCCUGCCUCCUCAUCUCCUUCCUCACGGUGCUGGUUUUCUAUCUCCCGUCCGACUGUGGAGAGAAGGUCACGCUCUGUAUCUCCGUCCUGCUCUCCCUCACUGUCUUCCUCCUGGUUAUCACGGAGACCAUCCCCUCCACGUCGCUGGUCAUCCCACUCAUCGGCGAGUACCUGCUCUUCACCAUGAUCUUCGUCACGCUCAGCAUCGUCAUCACCGUCUUCGUGCUGAACGUCCACUACCGCACGCCCAUGACGCACACCAUGCCGGCCUGGGUGCGCUCCGUCUUCCUGACCAUGCUGCCCCGGAUCAUGCUGAUGCGCAGGCCCAAGGACGCGACCACGGACGACUGUGCAAAGAUGGGGGGGGUGGACUGCAGUGGGGAGGCAGGAGGAGCCGGAGGGGGAGGGGGAGGCGGAGGAGGUGCCAGGGGAGCCCAUAAGAGGAAGAACAGCCUAAUACAGCAAGUGGGAGUUGGAUCGCUCAACUCUCUGGACUUCAGCGAUAAGUUUUGCUCCAGCGAUGCCUGCACGGGGAAGAAGAGCCACGGGAAGGACACCCCCGAGCACGGAGCCAAGAUGAGCCGCCAGCUCAGUAUGCAGAGCAUCAACACGGUGGUGGCCUUCUCCGUGGUGUCGCCCGAAGUCAAACAGGCCAUCGAGAGCGUCAAGUACAUCGCAGAGAACAUGAGGAGCCGCAACAAAGCCAAAGAGGUGGAAGAUGACUGGAAGUACGUUGCCAUGGUGAUUGAUCGGAUCUUCCUUUGGGUCUUUGUCACCGUGUGCGUUCUCGGGACUUUGGGCCUCUUCAUGCAGCCUCUCUUUGGCUUUGUCUCCUAA